AUGGCCAAGUCACACCUGCUGCUGUGGCUGCUGCUGCUGCCCACACUCUGUGGCCCAGGCACUGCAGCAGCUGUCUGGACCUCCUCACCCCUGGCCUGUGCCCAGGGCCCUGAGUUCUGGUGCCAAAGCCUGGAGCAAGCAUUGCAGUGUGGAGGCCUGGGGCACUGCCUACGGGAAGUCUGGGGACAUGUGGGAGCUGAUGACCUGUGCCAGGAGUGUGAGGACAUCGUCCGCAUCCUCACCAAGAUGACCAAGGAGGCCAUUUUCCAGGACUCCAUAAAGAAGUUCCUGGAGCAACAGUGUGACGUCCUCCCCGUGAAGCUGUUCGUGCCCCAGUGCCACCACAUGCUCGACAACUAUUUUCCACUGGUCAUCGACUAUUUCCAGAGCCAGAUCAACCCAAAGACCAUCUGUGAGCACCUGAGCCUGUGCAAACCCAGGCAUCCUGAGCCAGGGAAGGACCCAGGGCUUCCGGAUCCUCUACUGGACAAUCCAGUCCUCCCCAUGCUGUCCGGGACCCUCCAGAGGGGGGCUGGGCCUUAUACACAGGGUCUCUCUGAGCAGCGGUUUCCCAUCCCUCUACCCUUCUGCUGGCUCUGCAGGACUUUGAUCAAGCGGGUCCAAGCUAUGAUUCCCAAGGGUGUGCUGGCCGUGGCUGUGGCCCAAGUAUGCCACGUGGUGCCCCUGGUGGUGGGUGGCAUUUGUCAGUGCCUGGCCGAACGCUACACUGUCAUCCUGCUGGAUGCCCUGUUGAGCCACACGCUGCCCCAGCUGGUCUGCGGCCUCAUCCUCCGGUGCUCCAGUGUGAACAGCUUUGACUCAGCCCUCACUGUGCUGGAGUCCUCACCAGGAGAAUGGCUGCCACAAGACUCCGAGUGUCCCCUCUGCAUGUCUGUGACCACUUAUGCCAGAAAUAGCACAGAGCCGGCCACCCCACAGGCGAUACUCCAGGCCUGUCAUGGCAGCUGGCUGGACAGGCAAAAGUGUGAAAAAUUUGUGAGGCAGCACACACCCCAGCUGCUGACCCUAGUGUCCAGGGGCUGGGAUGCCCACACCACCUGCCAGGCCCUUGGGGCAUGUGCAAUCACGCUCAGCCCUCUCCAGUGUGUCCUCAGCCCUCACUUCUGA